UUCAAAAACUCAUCUUAAGUUCACAUUCAUUCAAGUCCAAUCGCAUCCACCCAACAUUUCCUCACAAAUGCCGGCACCCGUGACGCCGUUCCUCGCGGUGUUUGCCCUCCUCGCAUCCGCCGCAACAACCGGGUACCACAACCACACCGUGGGCGGCGCCGCCGGGUGGUUUUUCAACACGACCACCAGCAAGCCCUCCGCAAACUACUCUUCUUGGGCUUCAACUCAAACAUUCAACCUCGGCGAUUUUCUCAUUUUCAACACGAACUCGAACCAGACGGUGAUUCAGACAUACAACGAGACCGUCUACCGGAACUGCACCGCCGACGAUUCCGACAACGGCACCUUCAUAUACAGCGGCGGAGGCGCUAGUUUUAGCGAGGCGUUGACUGUUCGCGUUCCGUUGACCAUCGUGGGACCCAACUACUACUUCUCCGACGCCGCCGGCGAUGGUAUCCAGUGCCGAAGCGGUAUGGCAUUCGAGAUCAAAGUCCAGCGGGGACUCGGGUUGCCGCCGAGCCUCAACCAGCCGCCGCCUCCGCCGUACGCUGAGCCUCCGGGUCCUGAUACCGCUCAAUCUCCGCCGAUAACUGUGGAUCAGUCACCUACCGGCGCGGCGUCUGCUUGCCGCGCUGAUGUGGCGGUUUACGGCUUCGCUGCGGCGGUGUUGCUGUUGAGGUUUUGGUGAGGAACAUGUUAGCGUACUAUAAGUGCGUAGCAUCGGAUAUCUUCUUUGUCAUUUUCUUUUACUUUGAGGAGAAAAUCAUUCUACUUUUUAAGAUUGUUGUUUAAGAUUGUGAGUUUGUGACACAAAAGAGUAGAGAUUAGAGAGUUAAGACUUAAGAUGACAAUUAAAUAUUGUAUAAUGUUAUUUAAAUAUCUUUAUUUAGUUUUAUUAAUAUUAUGCGCAACUAUUAAA